GCCAUACAAAGAAGUACCAUUUCAACAAGACACCGAUAGAAUAAGAAUCAUGGACUCUCAAUUCGAACCGGAGACUCGGACCUCAAGGAGCCUACCUAUCUUGAGCCCGACAGAGCCUCAUGUUUUUGUUAGCCCAGCCAAAAGAAUCCAUGAAGGCCGGGAUGUUCCCCAGUUCCUCACAUCACAAGCAUACCGGGACAUCGGUAUCUUCGUAAUGCAGCUCAAUAUUGCUAUGUGUCCCAGAAAGUCCUCCAAGGCAGACCAAGUUGAAACAUGGCAGCUUGAUUCGCCACUCAUUCUCUCUGAGCCAGUACGAAAGCUCCAAAAACUCCUGGAAAGCAUAGAUUCCAUAAUCGAAGAGGCCCCCCCUGACACGGGACCUCGAAGAUUUGGAAAUGUAAGCUUCAGGAAGUGGUAUGAGAUUCUUGAAUCAAGAGUUCAAGGCCUCCUCCAAAACUGUUUGCCCAAGGCUGUACUCGAGUUCAUCACUGCCUCGGUGGACGGAGGCUCUGUGUUAGACGAGCUCACCCCCUAUCUUCUUGGCGGGUUUGGUAGUCCACAAAGAUUGGACUAUGGCACAGGUCACGAGCUUAGCUUUUUGGCCUUUGUAGCUUGCAUUUGGAAGCUUGGUGGAUUCACGAGCGAGACGUCUGGUGAUGGAGCUUUGGAAAGAAGUAUUGUCCUCGGAAUUAUAGAGCCGUACUUGCGGGUCAUCCGUCGCCUCAUUCUUACCUACACUCUGGAACCUGCUGGGUCUCACGGGGUAUGGGGUUUGGAUGACCAUUCAUUCCUGCCUUACGUCUUUGGUUCUUCACAGUACUGCCCCCCCAUUACUGAAAAUGAUCCUAUGCCCGUUGAAGGAUCUCUGUCUGGCUCUCCAAAUCCAGGAGACAUCGCCAAGAAAGCCAUUGUCGAUCGAGAGAGGAAGCACAACAUGUACUUCUCAGCUGUGGGCUUUAUCAAUGAUGUCAAAACUGGUCCUUUCUGGGAACACAGUCCCAUUUUGUUUGACAUAUCUGGAGUCCGCUCUGGGUGGGGGAAGAUUAACAAGGGGAUGAUCAAGAUGUACAACGCAGAGGUGUUGUCAAAGUUUCCAGUAGUUCAGCACUUUCCGUUCGGAUCAUUAUUUAGUUGGGAGCAGGAUCCAAACGCUAUACCUGGCCCAGCUUCGAUCCACACAACAAGCCAGCCAACAUCUCGUUCUACCCCAGUCGGUACAGGGGGAACUCGACUUCCUCCACAAGAAUCAGCUACGGCUCCAUGGGCAAAUUCGAAUGUUGGUGGAGUUCCGGCAACAGCUGCGCCUUGGACACAGGCUCCGACCGUUCAACCUUCAACAAGAGCACCAUGGGCUGAUGGACAUGGCGGAAAGUUGCUGGCGGGGACCGCGAGAACUGCAGCGAUGCCACCGCCUUCGCAAAUACCAGAUGGUCCCAUGAGAGCACCUUGGGCUAAUAAAGGAGAUUCUGGAGGGGGUUGAGGCGUAUAGGGGGAGGGGAGGGGGUAGAAGAAUCGCUAUUAUGAUAGCAGCAGUGAUUUGUAUAAUCACAUAUGGUGGGUCAAUAUGUGGUUGAUUAUACCAAGGUAUAAAACAACGAGCGGUCGUAGCGACCUAGGAAGGGACUUCCAUAUGAAGAACUCCUUCGAUUCAACAAAGAAGUCCAAUGUUUGCAGGAGCGAAGUCCUGCACUACCAUAGCAUGAAGCACUGACUUGACAACGGG